AUGAAGCUGUCUGUCAGAAUCCUUCUGUGUCUGUUCUGUGGAGCUUCAGCUGCAGCUCAGCAGUUAGACUGGAGCCCUGAGCCAGACCAGAGACCAGACCAGCCUGAAGUCCAGGAACCAGCAGAUCUCCUCCAGGAGAAGCAGUCUUUCCAGGAACCGUUGUCCUGGAGGUUUCCGGAUCCACCGGCCGAAGAGGAGCCUCGGUUCCCUCCAAACUUUGAGCUGAAGGCUCCGUCGCCGGCCGACAGCGUCAGUGCCGUCUGCGGGGAGAACUCCGUUCGGGUGGAGGCCAAGAAAGACCUGCUGGGGAUCGGUAAACCCGUCCAGGCCGAAGACGUCACGCUGGGAGGAUGUCCCGCCACGGGGGAAGACGCUGAAGCUCAGGUCCUGGUCUUUGAGUCCGAGCUGCAUGGAUGUGGCAGCCAGCUGCUGAUGUCCGAGGACUCGUUCAUCUACGCCUUCACGCUGCUCUACACCCCCCGCCCCCUGGGAGACAGUCCAAUCGUCCGAACCAGAGAAGUCUCAGUCAGCAUCCAGUGUCAGUACCAGAGGAAACAUGAUGUGAGCAGCAGGCUGCUGAAGCCAACCUGGACCCCCUUCAGUCUGACCAAAGCUUCAGAGGAAAGCCUCCUCUUCUCCUUCAGACUCAUGACUGAUGAUUGGCAGUUCCCCCGUCCGUCCGCUCACUUCCUGCUGGGAGACUUGAUGAGGUUUGAAGUUUCAGUCAAACAGUUUCAUCACGUCCCUCUCAGAGUGACGGUGGACAGCUGCGUGGCCACCGUCAUCCCAAACAUCGACACCGUCCCCCGAUACGCCUUCCUGGGAAACAGCGGGUGCAUGUUUGACAGUCAGCUGACAGGCUCCAGCUCUCAGUUCUUGCCUCGGUCUCAGGACGACAAACUGCAGUUUGAGGUUGAGGCGUUCAGGUUCCAGCAGGACAGCAGCGGCGUGAUCUACGUCACCUGCAGUCUGAGAGCCGCAGCAGCUGCUGCAACUGUUGAUGACACCAACAAGGCCUGUUCAUUCUCCAACGGGUGGAGGGAGGCCAGUGGCAGCCAUCAGGUGUGCACCUGCUGUGAUACAGAGUGUGGGACAGGAAGCCAGAGUCACCCGACAGGAACAGAUGCUCAGUGGGAACAGGAAACAGCUGUUGGACCAAUCACAGUGAAGGAGAGACCUCUACGGUGA